AAGGGCUGCUACAUGCACGGUGCGAGAGAAUCCCUUUUCUCCCGUGAUUCGAAGAAUCACCGAAGACCUAGGACUAGGAGUAUCUCCUCCCCUUCCGGUGAAGCUCUCCCCUCCCCUCCCCUCCCCUCCCAUGGCCGCCAGGCCUCACACGGUGAGAGACCUCUACAACGUGGAGGAUCUGCUACUGCUGCGGCCCUCCAAGAGGUCCAUGGGAAAGGUGGAGAUCCCUCGCUGCCGUCUCGAGGAGGACGCGGCCAUCAACGCCGCCAUCAAGCUCAAGUCCAUGGUCGACUCGGGAGAUGCCAGUCUGGUCAAUCCGGAUGUACUGGCAUCCAAGCUAAGGGCCAAGGACGCCAUUGAAGAUGCGAUCAAGGAGAUGGUUCAGCAGCAGAUACAAUGGCAGUCCCGAGAGAUCCAGGAGGUGGAUGCGUGCAUCGCCAUCCUCAAGAACCGGCUCCAGACCCCCGACGCUGACAUCCCCCUCCCAGGCCCGUCGAUGGCGCCCCAGGGCAAGUGGAAAGUUAUUGAUCACUGCAUCUACCCCGAAAUUUGGGCCCUAUCCUCCGUAUGAUCUCAGUGCUGGUGUUAGUGAAGUUGAGUUUACAGCAGCACAGGACGAAGAAGCGAGAGCCUCUGCACUGCAGUCUCAACGGGCACUCUGGACUAUGAACCUCAAGGCGCACGAGGCUAAGAAGACGGUGCUGGAAGAGUAUGCACCCAAGGUGAAGAAAGCGUUCAAGGAGCUGCUAGCUGAUACACUGCGGGAGCCUUCUUUCUUUGGCGCUGGGGAUGGGUAUGCAGACUACGGGUUCCUCAGCCACGCUGGCCAGCUUCGCUGACAAAUUAAUUAUAGUGCUCUUCCCUAGAUGACAUGGAGUAAAAUCACUGUGUUUCUAGCUAGUAUUGC